AUGGCAGAGGCCGCCUUUUCGGAGGAUGGAAAAUAUUAUUCAGCAAUAACCCAAGACGGUAGAUUGAGAAUAUGGGAUACAGAAACUAAUGUCCUAAAACAAGAGUACACGCCAGACCUUCAUUUAUCGUCACCACCGUCCUGUUUACAAUGGAUCCGCGUCACUUUAAAUGCAAGUCCUCAAAAAGGCGUGCGAAGAAAAUCUAUAAGUGAGACAGAAAUACAAUGUAUAGCAUUAGGAACGUCCAGUGGAAAAGUUCUUUUAUAUUCCGUAAGCCAAGCUAAAGUAGAAACAGUAUUGACAGAUGACAAUAAUAAAAACAAAGUACAAACACUAGAUUGGCAUAAAAAGUAUGGUUUGUUCAGUUGUACAGGUGAUAAUUUUAUACAAGAAUGGGAUUUACAAAGUUCAAAAGUUAGAGAUAAAUAUAACAUAAAUGUUUCAAGUACAAGUAAACAGGGGAAUAAAGUCAGUGCAAUAAGAAUUGUAUCCCACAGUCAGAAUACUCCUGCAAAAUUUUUAAUAGCAGCAUCAUAUCAAAUUCGACUCUGGCGUCUGUAUAAUUCUGAGGCAACUGUAGUAAAGUCACUUGGUCACAAUGCAGCACCCAGAGCCCUUUUGACAGUUGCUACGAUACACAAAUCAUGUUGGUUAAUUGAAGGUGCUCAAACAGAACGUCUUUUGUCAUUUUGGGAUGUAACAAUCACAGGGGAUCAUUUGCCUCAACAAAAUGGAGAGGAAAUCACCCCAAGUAAACGACAAAGAAAGAAAUCAUUAAGCUCUCCCGUAAUAUCAAUGCCCACAUACAAUUUUGUAUUGGAAGAUGCACCAAGACUCAUAGAUGUUGAUUUUAAAACAGAAGAUGAAAGUACUAAAGUUAACUUGGUGGCAUCAACUAGGAGUGGUGUUGUACAUUAUUAUACACAUUUAUUGAAUGGUACAUCGACAAAACCAAUAAAGCCCUCGGUGACAAUACAAGUGACAACAGAAGACGCACAGCCGCUGCCGCUACAGUGCUGUAGGAUCACAGGUGAAGAUCUGUUACUGGGAUAUAGCAAUGGCCCGGCCUUGUUAUUUGAGAAAGUUACACCAGACACAAAAUCAAAAACACAAGUACUUAUCCGAGGCAAUGCAAAGGAGAAGAGCAAAGGCAAAGAAAAAGAAAUUAAUGAAGUGAACAAAGUGAAAGUGGACACAUAUAAUGACGUCACAUAUGUAGAACCUAUGGGCGGAAUUAGUAGAAAGCGACCGACGCCAGGUGGCAAGGUAGAAGUUUCAAUGGAGGCCCGUCUCGCCAAUCUCACAGUGGAUAUCAAGAGCCGGAGUAAAACACCAAUCAAUCAAAAUCUUACCAAGCUAUUAGUUCAGGGACUACACUCUAACGAUAAAGGGCUAAUCCUCACGGUGCUGCAGAGCUCGGACCCUCGCGUGGCGCUGCGCACGGCGGCCGCGCUGCCGCCCGCCGCGCUGCCGCCGCUGCUGCGGCACCUCGCCGACAUGGCCGCCAGGAAGACUAGCCAAUGUGCGUCGGUCUGCACGUGGCUGAGCGCGGUGCUGCGAUGUCACUCGGCGCUGCUGCUGGCAACACUCAACUCCAAGACAGCUGAUCAUUUGACUCAGUUGCUUGCUAUAUUCACACACAGACGUUCCCACCUAUGUCAACUGCUGAACCUGAAGGGACGGAUAGACCUCACGGUGACGCAGCGAGGCGGCGCGGACGACGACGUCGAACAAAGUCCUGUGCUAGAAUAUAAUGAUUCAUCAUCAGACGAGGAGAUGGAAGUGGAGAGGUACCAGUCCGGCAGCGAACAAUCCUGGGAAGACGACAGCCAGAGUGAAGCCAGCGAC